AUGUCUUGUGCGAGUGCCAAUCGUCUGCUUCGAAUCUUCACCGCUAAGCCAUCCAUCAACACCGAAACAACCACCACCACCGUCCUCAACCCUGUGGCCGUAACACGUGUUCACACCAAUAAACAUGAUUACGAGACACCUCAAGGGCUGCGAAACGUGGUCGACAUGUUCAAGAAGUCAUGCAAGAACAAGCAGUUUCGACUGAGGAGCGAUAUCUACAAGUCCACCGUGUUGCGUCUGGCGAAGGUGAAGGCCUUCCCAAUGAUCGAAGAGAUCCUCGAGGCCCAAAAGAACUACAAGCAGAUCUCCUCCGAAGGCUUCGUCAUUCGCCUCAUCUCUCUCUAUGGUAAAGCUGGCAUGUUCGACCAUGCACUCACGCUGUUCGACGAAAUGCCAACCUUUUAUUGCCACCGCACUGUCAAGUCCUUCUCUGCCCUCCUCCGUGCUGCCGUCUCCGCCAAGAGGUACGACGUCGUUGAAGAGCUUUUCCGCCAAUUUCCUUCCAAGUACUCCAUACAGCUUGAUGUUGUCUCCUAUAAUGUCGGUAUUUAUGCGUUUUGUGAGAUGGGUUCCACUGAUUUGGCUCUUGGAAUGCUUCGCGAGAUGGAGGAGUUAGGAAUGGAGCCUAAUCUAAUUACGUUCCAUACUCUUCUUUGUGUGUUUUAUGAGAAGCGUGGGUAUGAAGAAGGUGAAAAGAUUUGGGCACUGAUGCAAACCCGGGAUGGUGUUGAUCCUGAUGUUGUGAGUUAUAAGUUGAGGUUGAAGGGGAUGAUUCUUGGUGGCCAAGUAAUGGAAGCGGUUGAGCUAGUUGAUGAAAUGAGAUUGAAGGGGGUUCAACCUGAUGUGCAUUGUUUCAAUGUCUUGAUUAAGGGUUUCUGUAAUGAUGGCAAACUGGAAGAAGCUAAGCACUGGUAUGAUGAGUUGGUGAAAUGUGUAGGCACUGCAAAUCGUACUACUUAUGGAACUCUUGUUCCCUUUCUCUCUGAGAAGGGUGAUUUUGAUAUGGCUUUUCAAAUCUGCAAAGUUGCAUUGGCAACCAAUGGAAGGUUGCUUAUUGAUGUGGGAGUAUUGAAGGGUGUCGUGGAGAGGCUUUUUUCCCAGGGAAUGAUUGGAGAAGCUAAAACACUUGUCGAUCUUGCAAGGAAGAAGAAACUGGAAAUAGAUUUGCCCCUAAACAUGUGGUAGACCUUGCAUCCAUUUUUGUAGCUGUUGAUUUCACCGAUUAUCAAAUUAAUGCGUUAAUUGAAAUGAGUUGUGUCGUACUUGGGGUCAAGUUAGAACUUCCGCUGGUGAAGGGGAUAAAUAAUGGUCAGAAGACAAACCAAAACCUCACUGAUCAAGCGCUAAUAUUGAAUUUUGUUUUUGCUUCCGUGGGCUAGGAAUUUUGAACCUUAUACACGUGCCUGUUGAAUAAGUUAUCCCUUCCAGUAGACUUCCAAAUUCAUAAUCUAUGUUUUACCCAAAAGCACGGCAGUUUCUUUGGUUAUGCCUUGAUCUAGGAGACAGAAUGUUUGCCGUAGCACCACUUGUACCCGUGUAGUGGCAAGCCCAUUCUUAAGGUUCUCCUCUGCCUUUGGCAAGUGACAGGAAGAAAGCCGUUGUGCUUUUACCAAGAAAGCAUUAGAGUCUAGCGGUCACUGCAACAAGCAGCGA